CGAUUACGGAUCAUUUCCAGCAGUCAAUCACGACGGACGGCUGUUGAGUGUUUUCUGUUUUCUGUACUGGAAGUUUUCUGUACUGCAUUCGAGUGACUUUUACUUUCUUCUGGCACCAUGAAGCGCUUGUGGCUAACCACAGUAUUAUUUGUCAGCUUGUUGUUGCGAGAAGCAGUGUCAAAUCGUUGUGCUGGAGUGCCAGACGGCGUUUUUAUAAAUGAUUUUACCGCAUGUAACGCCUUCUUUACGUGUUUUCGUGGAGAAGCGUUUCCUGGCGUGUGUGUCGAGCCAUUUUACUUUAACGAGGAAAAACAACUGUGUGACCAUCCGUGGGAAGUUAAGUGCUUGAUCUGUCCUCAAACUGAGGAUCUUGUACCGACCUUUGUGCCUAUCGAAGGCGAGUGCACAUUUUAUGCGCUUUGUAUUCAAGGAAUCGGUACGCUUCGAGAAUGUGACAAUGGACUUAAAUUUGAUGCAGUGCAAGGAAAUUGCGAUCUGGCUGAAAACGUCCAGUGUGAUGCAGGAAUUUGUCCAAGUAACGUGAAUCCAAGUAUACCGACAUCAGUACCGCACCCAACUGACUGUUCGAGAUAUUACAUUUGUCUCAAUAACGAGGCUACCGAGCAGCAAUGUGCUCCAACGUUACUUUUUAAUCCAGAGACUAGAUUUUGCGAUUUCGAAGAAAAUGUCGAAUGUCAAGACGGAGUGCCUGCACCUACUUCAUGUCCACCAAGUGGAAUUCAUCUCAUCGGAAAUCCAUUGGAUUGCGUUUCUUACUUUGUGUGCCUGGACGGAGCGAAAAGUGGCGAUGCUAUAAGUUGUGCUCCGGGUUUGAUCUUCGACUUAACUGGUGCGGUCUGCCGUCUGCCAAAUGAAGAGUCAGUCUGUGCUGAUGGUUCGGAUCCUCUGUUACCUCCACCUACACCUCCACCUGCACCACCACCACCACCACCUGUUGUUCCGUCGGUUAACCAACGUUAAAAAUGUGAUGCAAAGUGUUUUGUUCAAUUUUUUUUAACAAAUUUGAGAUAACAGAAAUUUAAGUAACAUAUUUUUGAAUAAUAAUUGCUUAUGGAAUGAUUCAUACAAAAACAUUGAAGUGUAAAUAAACAAAACAAAGAAUUUCUAUGCAAUUCACAGCAUUAAUCUGCAAUAUGGAUGACAGAAUUAAAGGAUGUAAACAGUUAG